UUGUGACGGCGGUGUGCGCCCGCGCAGUGGUUCUAUAGUCGUGACCGUGACUUUUGUGACUGUGAGUGUGGACUUGUGAUCUUGUAUUUUGAUAAACUUAUAUAAGCUCAGAAUGUGGAAACUAUUUAUCAUCGCAACAGUGCUUGGAGUAACGCAAGCUCGCCCCGGGCUUUUCUUCGCGGAGCCCCUACAUGCUGGCAUCGAAUACGCUAAUUCUGCGCCAGUGAGCUCUCACCCUGCAGUUGAAUUGAAUGCAGCCAGCGAAGCACUGUUACCGCCAAAUCUACUGAAAUCCAACGCCUUCUACAGUAACCCAGCUAUAGCUGCAGGGCUUGCCAAGGAAUCUUGGUUUACGAACAAGGAAAUGCAAGUUGUUGAGCGCGAAGCUGAGAAGAUCCCACGUCAAAGGAUUUACGAUAUUGUUAAAAAUGCAGGGUUUUUAGAUCAGCACUAGCUUUAUAACCGGCCUUAUUAAAGAAAUAAUGCUUUUAGGAAUACAAUCAUGGAUUUUGUCGUUAAAUUAGGAAUGUAAGCCUUAUAAAUUUAAAUAUUAUUUUUAGUGGUUAUGAGAGUGUAUAUAAAUAAGUGUUGUACAAUGUAUUUUCACUGAUAAAAUUGUGUAUGUACUAAAAAUUAAAGUUAAUUUAUACAUUAAGGUCUUCACUGUAAAUAUAGCGCACAUGAUACUAUAUAUAAGGUAAUCAUUAAAUAUAUUUUAUAGACAUAUUGUAU